AUGAGUUUGAAUUUGGAAGAUAUUGGUCAAAAUAUUGAACGAUAUAUAAAUGACGACAAGUUUCUAUCAUCAUUAAAAGCUAACCAAAUCUGCAAAAUCCUUGACAAUUCACGUUUAACAUCCAGUCAGUAUUCAACUUUAUUUUUUAAUCUUUCUAAAUAUUUUGGCAAAGUUGAUAUGCUUAUCAUUCUUAGUCACGCACACACCGACACAUUCCAAACUCGAAAUGAUGCUCGUCUUGUUUCCGACACAAUCUCAUCCGUUCUUGGCAUUAACACACUAAAUAAUUUGUUUUCUUUUUACGAAACAUCACAAAAAACUGAACCAGAAGAAAAGAAAAUCGCUGUCAUUGUCCAAACUUCAGCUGUAGACAAAAAAGUAUUUCAAAUUAGCCCUGACAAAACAAUUCUUGACCUCAAAAACCUUAUUUACCAAGAACUAUCCAUUAGACCCGAAGAUGAAGAAUUGUGUGAUGAUCAAUAUUUUGAUGAAAAUGAAAAAUUAAAAACUCUCAGUAUUAGAGAUGGUUCAUCUUUAUACUUGGUUUUCAAUACUGCAAGACCCUACUCCAACGAAUUUAAGAUUAAUAUUAAGACUCUCACAGGAAAAUGUUUUACGAUCGACAAAGUUAACAAAGAUACAAGAGUUAUCGACGUAAAGAACAGAAUUAGAAUCAAAGAAGGAAUGUGCAUAGGACAGCAACGCUUAAUUUUUGCGGGCAAUCAGUUACAAAAUAACGACACGCUAGGUUAUUAUAAAAUUCAAAAAGAUGCAACACUUCAUUUAGUUUUAAGACUUGCUGGUGCAAAACCAGUUAUUUAUUUGUAUCCAGAGGAAGAAACAGAUGUCACAGUCAACAUCAAAGCAAAGGAUGGUGAAUUUUCAUUUGUUUAUCCAUCAUUUGAUCAUGAUAGUACAUGGCAUGUUCAUGCAUUUCCAAAUGGUGAUCUUGUCCAUCAUGGUCAUCAUCAUCCAUGUCUUUUCUGGGAAAGUCUUUUCUACCCAUCAUUUGAUAAUAACAAUGGUAAUAACAAUGAUAAUGAAAAUGAUAAUGAGAAUAGAGAAGGCUUUGUUAUCGAAGGUCGUCAAGUUGUUUCAUUCUUUGAAGAUACUCUUCGUCAUAUUAAUCUUUCCGAUCGUGAGAUCUUCGACUUUAUUACAUUUUGGUGUCCUAAACUUAUCGACAUGAAAUACAUCAAGAUCACAUUCCACUUCGACGACUAUUGUUCACAGUUUCCUCUUUCUAUUUCUCCAUCUCCUCGACACGUCAACCGUAUUUUCUUUUGUGCUACUCCUCUUUCAACACAUAUUUCUCUUCGACGUCCAAAUCUUCCUAUAAUUUUUAUCACCUCUUUCUUUUAUGUUUAA